AUGGCCACUCGGGCCCUGCUGCUGCUGCUGCUGCUGCCGCCGCCGCCGCCGCUGCUCCGGGGCUGCGCCGCGCGCCCCGCGCCCCCCAGGGCCCCGCGACACUCGGACGGGACUUUCACCAGCGAGCUCAGCCGCCUGCGGGAGAGCGCGCGGCUGCAGCGGCUGCUGCAGGGCCUGGUGGGGAAGCGCAGCGAGCAGGACACAGAGAACAGCACAGCCUGGACCAACUCUGCGGAGGGCCACCUCUGCCUGCUGUGGUCCGACGCUCCCACCCUGCAGGCCUGGAUGCCCCUGAGGCCCCCCGAGGAUCAGGCCUGGUCUCCCCAGAUGCCUCUUGGACUGAGGGCUGGGGUCAUGGUGUCAGAGCCGGCCAUCCCUGCUGCUGAGGGGACCCAGAUGAGGCCCUGA